AAGGCAGGAACAAAAAAGUUGGAGAAAAACACCGCCGCCAUUCACAACUUUCUUUCUCUCUCUCACGUCGUCGUCGCGUCAGCUCGAAAACCACUCGAGGGCAACUCUUUUUAAACAACUAAAUCGGAUAAGUGUGAGUAAAGGGAGCUCCGAUCCCCUCUGAUAAGCGCACGUAACAAAUCCAGUUUCAGCAAUUUUAAAAAUUUGAUCAAAUAGUAAAUACUUUGUGCUGAGCCUUAAUAAUGGCUCCGGCUGGUGUGGAUAAGGAAGUUUUUAAUCGUCGACUAUUACGUCUUUACAACGCAUGGAAGGAAGGGAAAGAUGAUUGGGGAAAAAUUGAUGCGAUGGUUGUGCCCGUGGGUGUGGACGAAGAAGUUGUAUAUAGCAAGUCAACCGCAAUACAGACUUGGUUGUUCGGAUAUGAACUACCCGACACUAUUAUGGUCUUCUGUGAAUCUGUGGUUUACUUUUUGUCGUCUAAAAAGAAGAUUGAGUUUUUAAAGGCGAUCGAAACCAAGGAUGAAAAUGGACUGCCUCCUAUUAAACUUCUAAUUCGAGACAAGGGAGAUAAAGAUAAAGCAAAUUUCGACAAGCUCAUGGAAGCUAUCACGGGCAGCAAGGGUGGUAAGAAGAUUGGGACAUUCACGAAGGACAAAUUUCCUGGCGAAUUUAUGGACUCGUGGAGGAGUGUAUUUUCUGGUGCAAAAUUUGAAACGUUGGAUAUGGGUCCCACCCUUGCAUCCGUUAUGGCAGUGAAAGAAGAGUCUGAAAUCCAUACAAUGAAGCGAGCUUUUCAAGUGACAAUGGACGUCCUCAACAAAUAUUUGAAAGAUCAAAUUAUGGAUAUUGUGGAUGGUGACCGGAAAGCACGUCAUCAAAAGUUGGCUGAAGGAGUCGAGUCUGCUGCUUCGGACAAGAAAUAUGUUUCUGGCGUAGAUACGACGCAGGUGGAAAUGUGCUACCCACCAAUUAUCCAAAGUGGUGGGAACUACAAUCUAAAGUUUAGUGCGAUAACUGACAAAAAUUACUUGCAUUUCGGCACAAUCAUUUGCUGCUUGGGUGCCCGGUACAAGUCAUACUGCUCCAACGUUGUUCGCACAUUUUUUGUGAAUCCUGCCCCAAAGCAAGAGGAAUAUUAUAACUUUCUGUGCGAGGUGGAAGAGGAACUGCACAAAUAUUUAAUUCCCGGAGCCAAACUUAAUGAAGUUUACGAUAAAGUUGUUGCUUUUGUCAAAAAGGGAAAACCAGAAUUGGUGGACAAAUUGACAAAGUCGUUUGGGUUUGGAAUGGGGAUUGAAUUUAGGGAAGCUUCACUACUUAUUGGACCUAAGUGCACUGCAACAGUGCAGAAAGGAAUGACAUUUAACAUUCACAUUGGAUUCUCAGAUAUAAAGAACGACGCUUCAUCGGACGAUGGCGGCAAGAAGUAUGCUUUAUUUUUGGGAGAUACUGUGCUUAUCAAUGAGAGUGGACCCGCUACACCACUGGCCCCAACAAAAAAAAAGUUAAAGUCGAUAGGAAUUUAUCUCAAAGACGAAGAUGAGGAGGAAGAGGAUGAGAAAGAAAAUGAACCUGAGCCAACUGACGUUGUCGGUCGUAAUAGACGAACUGCAAUUCUGGAAUCCAAACUACGCCAAGAGCACACUAGCGAGGAAAAGCGAAAACAGCAACAAAAGGAACUCGCAGCCUCGUUGAACGACGCUGCAAGAGAACGGCUGGCGAAGCAAAAGGGAGGCAAAGAAGUUGAAAAAGUUCGGAAAUCCAACGUGUCCUACAAAAGUACUUCGCAAAUGCCAAAAGAAAAAGAAAUUGAAGAACUCAAGAUUUAUGUUGACAUGAAGUAUGAAACGAUCAUCCUACCAGUUUUCGGAAUGCCAGUACCAUUCCAUAUUUCGACGAUUAAGAAUAUAUCCCAGUCAGUUGAAGGAGAUUAUACGUACUUGAGAGUAAAUUUUUUUCAUCCUGGCGCUACGAUCACCAAAGCUGAAGGAUCAUUUGCCAACCCAGAAGCCACCUUCUUAAAAGAAGUCACUUACCGCAGCAUUAACACAAAGGAGCCAGGAGAAAUCUCUGCUCCAAGUGCAAAUCUCAAUACUGCAUUCCGUCUCAUUAAAGAAGUCCAGAAAAAGUUUAAAACCAGAGAAGCGGAAGAGCGUGAGAAAGAGGAUUUAGUGAAGCAAGACUCCUUGGUUUUGUCAAUGAACAAGGGAAAUCCUAAACUCAAAGACUUGUACAUUCGACCAGGUCUCUCACAAAAGAGAAUCAGUGGAACUUUGGAGGCACAUAGUAACGGCUUUCGAUAUACAGCCAUUAGAGGUGACAAGGUUGACAUUCUUUACAACAACAUUCGUCACGCAGUAUUCCAACCUUGUGAAGGCGAACAGAUUAUUCUUUUGCAUUUUCACCUCAAGAACGCUAUUCUAAUUGGAAAGAAGAAAAAUUUUGAUAUUCAGUUUUACACGGAAGUCGGUGAACUCCACACUGAUCUUGGAAAGCAUCAGCAUAUGCAUGACCGUGACGACCUGGCUGCUGAGCAAGCUGAACGUGAACUUCGUCAUAAAUUAACCUCUGCUUUUAAAUCCUUUUGUGAAAAGGUCGAAUCGACUACAAAGGGUGAUGUGGAGUUUGACACUCCAUUCAGGGAUUUGGGAUUUCCAGGAGCUCCAUUCAGAUCAACUGUUCUAUUACAACCUACUUCAGGCUGUUUGGUCAAUUUAACUGAAUGGCCUCCAUUUGUCAUUUCAUUGGAAGAUGUGGAACUGGUGCAUUUUGAACGUGUCCAAUUCCAAUUGAAAAAUUUUGACAUGGUUUUCGUUUUCAAAACUUACACAAAACGAACUGUUAUGAUUAAUGCAAUUCCGAUGAAUAUGUUGGACCAUGUGAAAAACUGGUUGACAUCAUGUCAAAUACAUUACACUGAAGGAAUCCAGUCUUUGAAUUGGGUGAAAAUUUUGAAAACCAUCAAUGACGAUCCAGAAGGAUUCUUUGAAAACGGUGGUUGGAACUUCUUAGAGCCAGAUUCCGACACCGAAGAUCAUGAUGACGAUGACGAAGAAGACGAGGAUGAAACUUUUGAAAUAUCUGAAGAUGAGGGAUCAGAGGAAGACUCAGAUUCUGAAGAAUAUUCUGAGGUAGACGAAGAUGAAGAUGAUGAUGAUGAUUCUGCGUCAGAAGGUGGAAGUAGCGAAGAGAGUGGAAAGGAUUGGUCAGAUCUUGAAGCUGAAGCUGCGGAAGCGGAUAAAAAUCAGAACAAUUUUCAAGACGAGUAUACCCGUACUAAAGGUAGCUCUGGAGGUUCGAAACGGCCAGUACCCUCAUCAUCUUCUGCCUCCUCGUCAAGGCACCGCGAUUCUCCUUCAAAGAAGCACAAAAGUUCUUCACCUUCCAAGUCUCGCCACAGCCACAGUAGCAGCAGCCGAGAUAGGGACAGGGAUAGGCGUGAUCGACACAGCCACAGUAAGAGCAGUCACAGUGACAAGAAACGCCCAAGAGAAUCUUCACGUGACUCACCCAAGUCUAACAAGAAACACAGGAAAUGAAAAAUUACACCUCUCACCGACGCAGAUCUUGUUCUCAAUUAAUGUAUUGGCUUUCUUUAUAUGUGUAGAUUAAUAUUAAAUAAUAUAACUGCUAUUCUUAUUUAAUUUGUGCAGUUCUUAUCAUAUGUAUACAGGGCUUGUAAACAUAUAAUUUUUCACUUAAAAAUAAUGGCGUAAUACAGGAAAGAAGAGAAAGCUCGUUUGAUGUACCUUAAUUUUAUUUAUUCGUUUAUGCCAUUCUGACAUUUUUGUAUUUAUAUUAAUUAUACUUCCUACAUAAUUUUAUGUUAGCGUAUUAUUAAACUGAUUAAAAUUCCAAAACUGAUAGAGUGAUAAUGAUGACUUGUAUAGUUGUAUGACCUUCCGGUACAAAGGGGAAAUGAUGGGCGGAUGUCUGAAUGAAUGAACCGUUCAUAGACUGAGGUGAAACUUAAAUCGGUAAUUAAAUAAUUGUGCGUAUUAAACGUU